GUCAAGCUAUGAAAGAAAAUGGCACUCAAGACGUCUGUACAACAAUUAAUGCGUGUUUCAAGGAUUGUUGCCGAUGUUUUUAUGGAAAGGGGCAUAUGUCUAAAGUGCUCGCAGAUAAGAACUAUCAAAAUACCCAACAUAAAUUAUACGUCGAAAAGAUGGUUCAAAGUCAGCGCAGGACCUUUUCGACACGGUGAUUACGAAUGGCAAGAUCCCAAAUCAGAGGAAGAUGUUGUUAAUAUAACGUAUAUUGAUAGAUCGAAUAAAAGAAUUAAUGUCAAAGGCAAAGUAGGGGAUAAUGUUAUGUAUCUAGCACAUAGGCACAACAUUGAGAUUGAAGGUGCCUGUGAAGCAUCUUUAGCUUGUUCUACAUGUCAUGUUAUUGUCCAUGAUGAUUAUUAUGAUAAGUUGCCGGAACCCGAUGAAAGUGAAGAUGACAUGCUGGACAUGGCACCACUUCUAACAAGUACAUCCAGAUUAGGCUGCCAAAUUAUUUUAACAAAGGAACUGGAUGGGCUUGAAGUCUCACUCCCAAAAGUCACCAGGAAUUUUUACGUAGAUGGCCAUGUACCACAACCACAUUGAAAUGUGCAUAGAACUAUUUAUAGUCUAUCUGUCUUCUAGUAAUGCAGCUAUUUUGCCGAAAUAAGCACUGCUUGUAUCAAAGGAGCUCUCUUCUAGUUGUGUGAUUGAAUAUACUUUCACCUACCUAUCAGCUCAGUCUUUACAGGGUAUACUUGUACC